AUGAGCGAUAAAGAAGGUUCACAGCCAAACCCACGAAAACGCCGAAGACCCGCGCUGUCCUGCGAGCAAUGUCGACGCCGCAAGGUUCGAUGCGACCGGGAAAUGCCAUGUGGUCCCUGUAUCAAGUCCCACCCCCCAAUGAACUGUGUAUACGUCGACGAGGGAAAAGCGGCUUUAGACGCUAGAGUGGAGCCUUCUCUGACAAGUGAUUCGCAUUCCGACGAGAGACGCGCCUCCUCUCGCGCUGGUGCUGGCCAAGCUUCGGCCGACCGUGCUCGAAUAGCGCAACUUGAACGCAGUAUUCGAGCGCUGAAGGAUCGCGUACAGGAUCUGGAACAGGAAGGAAUUAAUGGCAGUACAGGCCGUUGCUUGGAUGCAAGUUCCCAGCCAUCAAGUGGAGCAAUUGUUCAUCCUGAGGUUGGUAGGUCUGGACCGUCUGGUGGGCCGGAGCAGCCACAAACCUUGAUCUCGCCUUUAGCUCCUCGUAUUAAGAACGACCAUGAAAGGGUGAAGCUCUUUGGUACAACGCAUUGGGCUCUAGUAUUUCAACAGUUCCGUCUUUUGCGCCAAGUGCGCAGUGCGACUAACUUUGCAGAUGGCGAACAAGAUGCAAUCAGUAAGGCUCAUGCGGAAGUUCGCAAACUAAGGUAUCACAUCAAGAAUCGGCAGGCCCCGCGUUUGGUUGAUCCUGCGCCGGGCCUGCUCAGUGACUUGCCUCCAAGAGACAUAUGCAAUGAGCUCGUCCAGCAUUACUUACGCACCCUUGGAAUGAUAUACCGCGUGCUGCAUAUUCCAACCUUCUAUCAGGAAUACGAACGCUUUUGGGUGGAUUCACAAUUAGCUUCAAAGGGAUUUGUUCUUAAACUUCUUUUGAUCCUUGCUAUCGGGUCCAUCUUCCACUGCAAGCCUGGACCACUAAAUGAGCUCGGUAUGCCGAUCCAGCGGUGGGUUUAUGCAGCUCAGUGGUGGCUAUCUGGUCCGUUUACAAAGGAGGUUUGCAACCUGGAAGGACUACAGGUGUACUGUCUUCUGCUUAUUUGCCGCCAGUCCUAUGCGAUGGACAAGGAGUCUAAUUGGAUGUCGGCUGGAACACUGCUACGACAAGCAGUUGGCCAGGGACUGCAUCGCGACCCCCGCCAUUUCCCAACGGUGUCGGUCUUCGAUGCUGAAAUGCGUCGCCGGAUAUGGGCCACUAUACUCGAGCUCAAUGCCCAACUAGCCAUCGAUGCCGCAAUGCCACCAUUGCUUGCUGAAGCAGACUACGACACUCAACCCCCAGCCAAUGUAGACGACGAGGAUCUCGACCCUUCAAUCACAGUCCUGCCUCCCAUACAGCUUCGAGAUUUCUUCACAGACUCCUCGUUGCAGAUUAUGCUUCUGCAGUCUCUCCCAACACGCUUGCAAAUUGCAAGAACGAUCAAUGAGUGCGGCCGCGAGCAGGUUUAUGAAACGGCACUCCAACUAGGCAGCGUACUUACAUCCGCGUGCAAAGAAAUGAGCUCGCUAUUCGGCGCUCAUAUGAUGAAUACCAAACGAUCGAAUUUUCGACCGACCCAAUUUCACUACCGACUAAUGGAUACCCUUCUCCGCCGCUUCUUAGUAAAUGUCUAUCGACCCUUCACAAUCCAGGCCGCGAAAGAUCCGCGUUUCUACCUCGCGCGAAAACUCAGUCUUGACUCCGCGCUCAUCAUGGCUUCGUAUGGAGAUGUUCCGGAGGGUACUGCGGAUACAGACCAGCAUCCCUAUCAAGACCUACAGCGACUUUCAUUCUCAGGCUCGGGGCUAUUCAAAAUGUAUCUAUCCCUGGACGUCAUUAUUGUGAUCUCGUCGGAACUUAUGGUUCAACUCGAAGACGAAUUUGCUGCCCAGCCAGAAGGCACUAUCGCACUCACUCAGACCGCUGUGGACCAGCUUGCGCAGGCUGCUCGGAUUCCACUUAUUCAGGCACUGGAACGUAUACAAGUUCACCUUUAUAAAAGUCUGGAAGCGGGUAUUCCUAGUAUGAAGCGGUACUGCUUGCUAGCAGGGGUACUGGCACAAAUUCAAGUCUUACGCCGCGAGCGGCCAGACGAUUGGUCUCAUACCCGUGACGCAUUUGUUGAUAGUAUGCAGACAUGCCGUACUCUGCUUGAACAAUAUCUCCUUGAGGCCCGGGUUGCUGAAGAUGGGCUUUUGCAAAAUGGGAUCGGCGACACAAACAUUUGGACACCCGAGAGUACAUUGGGCUCCAGCUUAAGCUCGGAGUUUAUGCUGAUUGGCAUGGGAUUGGAGGAUUUGAACUUCUGGGAUCUCCCUUCGUUUGAUGCCGGCACAUUCGAUCCCCCACAGCUUUGA